UGGGGCAUGGCCGUCAAUGUGUACUCCACCUCGGUGACCAGCGAGAACCUGAGCCGCCACGACAUGCUGGCCUGGGUCAACGACUCCCUGCAGCUCAACUACACCAAGAUCGAGCAGCUCUGCUCAGGGGCCGCCUACUGCCAGUUCAUGGACAUGCUGUUCCCCGGCUGCGUCCACCUGCGGAAGGUGAAGUUCCAGGCCAAGCUGGAGCACGAGUACAUCCACAACUUUAAGGUGCUGCAGGCCGCCUUCAAGAAGAUGGGAGUGGACAAAAUCAUCGCGGUGGAGAGGCUGGUGAAAGGCAAGUUCCAGGACAACUUCGAGUUCAUCCAGUGGUUCAAGAAGUUCUUUGACGCCAACUACGACGGGAAGGAGUACAACCCGCUGCUGGCACGGCAGGGCCAGGACGUCACGCCCCCCAACCCAGGUGAUCAGAUCUUCAACAAAUCCAAGAAACCCAUUGGCACUGCAGUGCCAAGCAGGACCUCCCCCACAGGCCCCAAGAGCACGCCUAACCCGGCCCGCCUCAGCAACGUCCCCGCAGCAUCCUCCGGAAAAAACUCCCCCGCCGCCCGCAACGGGGGCCCCGAGGCCGACGCGCAGAUCCUGGAGCUCAACCAGCAGCUGAUGGAUCUGAAGUUGACAGUGGACGGGCUGGAGAAGGAGCGGGAUUUCUACUUCAGCAAACUGCGGGACAUCGAGCUGAUCUGCCAGGAGCACGAGAACGAAAACAGCCCCAUCAUCACGGGCAUCGUCAGCGUCCUCUACGCCACGGAGGAGGGUUUCGCUCCGCCAGAGGACGACGAGCUGGAGGAGCAGCAGCCAGAGGACCAGGAUGAGUACUAGCCCCGGCACGCUCCCGCGCCCCGCGCCACCCUGCGCCGAUCCCCUCCAUAGACAUUCGAGGUCUGAGUCUGUGCGCCUCGCCCUGCACCGUCACGCACCAUCACAGCCUCCGGCCGAGCCGGCACGCUCGGCGUCCAGCAGCUCCGGUGGGAAGCCACUGUCUCCAUAAUAAAUAGAUGUCAAUCCAUAGAGGAGCACGGCUGUAAAUACGCCGGGGGCUGGCGGGUGGGGACGGGCUCUGGCCCCGGCGCCCAGCGCCCCCAGCCCUCGCCCCCUCCACCCCAUAUUUAUUUUGGUUGUCUUCUCUGGUGCGAGUGCUGCAGCCGCCCCGGCACCCGCUGCCCCUGCCCGCCCCGCUGUGCCAUAGCGAGAGAGAAAGAGCGAGCCCGUGGGGGCUUCCCCAGGGCAGAGCUCGCUGCCCCGCCAGCCCUGCGGCUGCGGAGGGGACUGGGGGCUGGGCAGCCCCGGGGGGCUGCGCACGGGGUCAGCGCUGCCCUGCCGCCCGCUGGGAGGGAGUGGCUCAGAGGAGGAGGAGGAGGAGGAGGUUCAGAUUCCUGGGAAGGCGGAGGAAGGAACCCCGGGAGGAAGGAGCCCCAGCCCGGCUGACAACGCGGCUGCAGCGGGGAGCAGCAGGGGCCGGGGCAGCCCAGGGUGAGGACCCCCCGGGCCAGGUCUCCCGCCCCACAGGGCGCCGGGGUGGGUUUGCCGAGGGCGGCACGCAGCACCUGCCCUGGCCAUCCUCCCCGUCGCAUCGCUUGUCUGGUCCGUCACUCCGGUUGCAAAGCCUGCAUCUGUGUUAAGUUUUAUUUAAAAUAAACUUGUGUGGUAAAAUGUU